AUGGAUGAAGAAACACUUGAGGCAGCCAUUGCUACCUAUGGUGCCCAGUUGCAGCAGGUAGAGACAGCCCUGUCGGCUGGCCUGGACCCGUCCCAGCAGUCAGACCUGCUCAAACUAAAAGAGGACCUUAGUCAGCUGAUAGAGCUCACUGAGGCCAGCCUGGUGUCUGUCAAAAAGAGUCGGCUUCUGGCCAGCCUCGAGGACAGCAAUGGCCUGCAGGCAUAUACCUCAGAGGCAGCAGCUGACACAAGCCGCGCAGGCGACAGUGUGGACACUGAGUUUGCUGCUUUUUACUCUGAGGUGGGGGAGUCUUCAGGUAGUGGCUGUGAUACUAGACAGAUGGACGGGGAGGGGGGUGGUGGGGUAGAAGAUGAAGAAGCGGAGGAGGAGGAAGAAGAAGACGCACUCAGUGGUACAAAAGUAAGAGCUCCCUUCCGGACAAGAUGGGGAACACUGGAGUAUCACAAUGCCAUGGUGGUGGGGGCGGAACCGCCAGAUGGAGAAGAGGCACAAGUAAGAGUGCUCUAUGUCUACCCCACCCAGAAAUCUAUGAAACCUUGUCCGUUCUACCUAGAAGACAAAUGUCGCUUCCAGGAUAAUUGCAGAUUUUCUCAUGGUGAAGUGGUGUAUGUGUCGGAGCUCAGAGAGUUUGUGGAGUGUGACCUCAGUAAUCUUGAGGAAGGCUCAUCCUGCUUGGCUCGACACGAGGACGGCAUCUGGUACCCAGCAAAAAUCAAAGAAAUAGACAGUGGUUUCUACACUGUGAAGUUUGACUCACUGCUGCUGAAAGACGCCGUGUUCGAGGCUGACUGUGUUAUCCCGCCUUUGAGAGAAGAUGACCCACUCUCCUCUGACUCUGACCUGGAUGACACUGGAGAUGGAGAUCAGGUGGCUUAUGCAAAAGUAAUGGACCCUGCUGUAGAAUCCACAGUUACUUUAAAUACUGCUAAUUUUGGUGGCUGGGAGGCACAUACCAGAGGCAUUGGAUCCAAGCUUAUGCUCAAAAUGGGCUAUGAAUAUGGGAAAGGUUUAGGAAAGAUGCAGGAGGGUCGAGUAGAGCCAGUCAUGGCAGUGGUCCUACCCAAAGGUACGUCUCUGGACCAAUGUGCCAAGUUCACCCAGAAACGCACCCAGAGCAAGACAGCAAAAGAUGGCACGCUAACGGGCCGCCCGAAGAGACGCAGAAAGCCUCGGGUUGCCACAGGAGGGCGCCACACCGUCUUUGACUUUCUCAACCAAAGGCUAGGAAGCAAGAGUACCCAUCCUGCUGAGGAGGGUGCUCCUGCGCCGUCAGCAGCGACUGGCGUGGAGGCUUACAGGGGAGGGGAAAGCACCAAGAGGAAUCUGAAUGUGAAGCUGUUCCAGGCCACUGAGAGGGUGUCCCAGACAGAGAGGGAGAUCCAGAAACUGACUGAGUUACUCAGCAGGCAAACAGGCAGGGGCGCAUCCAGAGUGAAGCAGUUGGAGGAGAAGCUGUCAGCGGCUCGCCGGCUGCUGGCCCAGCAGAAAGCCCAGGAGCUGUCCAUCCAGAGAGAGCACAAGAAGGCUGACACACACAAGAAGAUGACUGAGUUCUAAGCUCUGUUCUCUCAAAGACUUGGAGGACGAAGGGAAACACUGCUUGCCUGAAAUGAACUUUUGUCCCCCACGUGCUGUCAGUUAUUUGCUACACUGUAUUUUAAGGCAUUUUUUUUUAGCAUUAUUUUCAGACCACAUUAUGGAUUUGAGCUGGUAGUGGAGCCCACUUCAUGCAGAAUGGAUCAUGUGCUGAAGAUCAUUUCUGUUUCACAUAUAUUUUUCAAUGACUGGGCAGUUGUUCUGUUCAGGUUUAAACUGUACAAUUCACAAUUUUAAUGAUUUGUAAUGACCAUUUUGUCCGAGUGUAUAUUCAGCACUAAAAACCAUGUGUUUGGAGAAGCUAGUGUGCAUUUUCCUCUUUUUAACCAUACA